AUGUCUACCCCUGAUAACUCCUCGCCGGAUAACUCUACACCGGAUAAUUCCACACCUGAUAAUAGCACCCCUGAUGAUGCCGAUAACUCUUCUUCGCCACCAUCACAAUCUCCACCACCACAAUCCCCACCACCACAAUCUCCACCACCACAAUCCCCACCACCAUCACCACCUGCACAAUCCUCUUCGCCUCCUUCAGAAUCAUCUCCUUCACAACCACCACCAUCACCUUCACAAUCAGAACCUUCUCCUCCACCACCAUCAUCAAACAAUCCAUCCCCACAAUCACCAAAUACAUCCUUUCAGCCACCAACGCCGGCAGGAGGCCGUUCUUCGCCAGGCUCCUCUGGAUCCGGAAAUUCACCAUCGACCCCACAAAAAUCAUUACCAAAUUCAUCAUCCGAAAAUUCAGAUGGUAAUUCCAACUACCACGAUAAUAAUAAUACCAGUAAGGCAAUAAUUGGAUCAGCAAUUGGGGUGGGAAGUGUUCUUAUCAUUAUAGCCGUCACAUGCAUUUUUUUAUCCCGGAGGAGAAAAAGAAAGCAAAUGUACUACUAUGGAGAUCAUCCAUCUCAUGGAAAAGGGAAUAACAACUAUUACAACAGCGGGCCACCCCCAAAUUACUAUGGAGGUCCGCACGGGGAACAUGUUGUUAGGUUGCAAAAUGGGAUGGGUCCUAACGGAAUGGGUCCUAACGGAAUGGGUCCUAAUGGAAUGGGUCCUAACGGAAUGGGUCCUAAUGGAAUGGGUCCUAACGGAAUGGGUCCUAAUGGUGGUGGCGGCGGUGGUGGUUGGGGUGCACAUCCUCCAAUGAUGAACAGUGCAGACAUGAGCUCAAAUUACUCUAACGGACCACCAGCUUUACCUCCUCCAUCACCAAGUCUUGCUUUAGGGCUUAAAGGAGGCACAUUCACUUAUGAGGAAUUGGCAGCUGCAACCGAUGGAUUCACCAAUUUGAUAGGACAAGGUGGUUUUGGUUAUGUCCAUAAGGGUAUAUUACCAAGUGGAAAAGAAAUAGCCGUCAAGAGUUUAAAAUCAGGUAGCGGACAAGGAGAAAGAGAGUUCCAAGCUGAGAUUGACAUCAUUAGUCGUGUCCAUCAUCGCCAUCUUGUUUCACUUGUUGGAUACUGUAUUUCUGGUGGCCAAAGAAUGUUGGUCUAUGAAUUUAUUCCCAACUACACAUUGGAGUAUCACCUUCAUGGAAAGGGUCGACCUACCAUGGAUUGGCCAACUAGAAUGAGAAUUGCAAUUGGUUCUGCUAAAGGGCUUGCCUAUCUUCAUGAGGAUUGUCAUCCUCGCAUCAUCCAUCGUGAUAUAAAAGCUGCAAAUGUCCUCAUUGAUGAUAGCUUUGAAGCAAAGGUUGCUGAUUUUGGAUUGGCUAAGUUGACAACCGAUAAUAAUACUCAUGUAUCGACUCGUGUCAUGGGAACUUUCGGGUACCUAGCCCCUGAAUAUGCAUCAAGUGGCAAAUUGACAGAGAAGUCCGAUGUUUUCUCAUUUGGGGUCAUGCUAUUAGAACUUAUAACUGGGAAGCGACCUGUGGAUGCCACAAAUGCCAUGGACGACAGCUUAGUGGACUGGGCUCGACCAUUGCUAAACCGUGGACUAGAGGAGGAUGGAAAAUUUGGUGAGUUGGUGGAUCCAUUUUUGGAAGGAAAUUACAAUCCUCAAGAACUCGCCAGAAUGGCAGCUUGUGCUGCUGCUAGUAUUCGUCAUUCUGCCAAGAAGCGUUCUAAAAUGAGCCAGAUUGUAAGAUCAUUGGAAGGAGAUGUCUCACUGGAUGACUUAAAGGAGGGAAUGAAAGCAGGGGGCAUCGCAGCUCAUACCCCUUCAUCUGGUAGUUCGGAGUACGACACAAUGCAGUACAAUGCUGAUAUUCAGAAGUUCAGAAAGGCUGUGUUUAACAGCCAGGAAUAUGGCACCACCAGCUUCUCUAGUGGCGAAGUGCCAAAGCCAUGA